GAUACGCCUCUUCUCUUCUUCUUCCUUCUCUUGUCCCCAAAAGACAGAUCCCGACGAACAGCAGCAGCUAGCGAGGCCGCCGCGGGUUUAGCCAAAUCUAGGACAAAAUCUCCAGAAUUCUUACGCAGGCGGAGGCUUUUACUCCGCCGCCGCCUUCUCACUUUCCUUCCUUAUUUCGGCUGGAACAAAAUCUCAAAUGGGGGCGGGCCGGGAGAUGUCGAUAUCGUUAGAUGGCGUGCGGGACAAGAACGUGAUGCAGCUCAAGAAGCUCAACACCGUCCUUUUCCCCGUCCGUUACAAUGAAAAGUACUACACCGACGCUCUCGCUUCCGGCGACUUCACCAAACUCGCAUAUUACAGUGAUAUCUGUGUUGGUGCCAUCGCAUGUCGCCUGGAGAAGAAGGAAGGCGGUGCUGUCCGUGUUUACAUCAUGACCUUGGGCGUGUUAGCUCCGUAUCGUGGGCUAGGCAUUGGCACGAAACUGUUGAAUCACGUUCUUGAUCUCUGCUCGAAGCAGAACAUUCCCGAGAUAUACUUGCACGUGCAGACAAACAAUGAAGAUGCUAUCACCUUCUACAAGAAGUUUGGGUUCGAUAUUACGGAGACCAUCCAGAACUACUACACGAACAUUACGCCGCCGGACUGCUACGUUGUUAAAAAAUCCGUUACUCCUGAGACAAAGAAAUGACAUGGUUGAUGGGUUUAGAGCUAGUUGGCAUCCCUCAGCAGUAAAUUUAUAGUUUUUGAGUUUUGUAUCUUGUUACUGCGGGGUUAAGGUGGUGGUUCGCCAUUGUUGAAGGUUCGUUCUUAGCUGUCACUUGAGUCAUUGUAGUGCAAGAAGAAGGACCCCCUAAAAAUUUUGUAUUGUUCAAGCAAGCGCUGGCUGGCACACUGAACUCCUUUCUUCAGAUUGUCUGAAUUUCUGGUACUUAAGGUAUUCAAAGAGAUUUUUCUUUUGCAGUUUUACUGCUUUCAGGAUGGUGGUAUUGGUUGUUUGGAUUACAGUCAAAGCAAUCAUCCUCUUCUGGCGAUUGCCUGUCACCCAUACCCGCUUGCUAGAACCGGUUCUGUUUCAAGGUUACAAAAAUCACAUCACAAAUAUACAAAUUAGAAACAAUAAUGUCAGAUCAUUGGCGAUCUGGAAUCGAACAUAUACCUCUUCCACUAACAAGCUGCUCAUAAUGUUCUUCUCCUUAUGAACCAAAGGUACUCUCUCCCUCUUUAUUUAAUUUCUUUUAGUUGAUGAUUGAGACUGUAACUGUGGUGUUGGUUUUGCUAACAUUUUGCAGUUAAAUUUAUCUGAAGUAGAUAAAGAUAAGGGAUCAGGAACGGCUUCUUCUGAGAUAAGAGUCAAGUACUUCUGUAGAAAAGAUACACGUCAAGGAUCUCUCAUUAUCCCGUCAAGUAUCUUGCUCCUGGACCUGGAGGCUGGAGCAGAGCAUUGCAUUCUUUGCAGCCAAUUUCCAACAGUGCAAGUGGAUCUAGUAGCACAAACCAAGGAGAAGAUAAACUAGAAUCCGAAUUUACACAAGUGUAAAGCAAUUUCACAGCAGUAAUAACGAACGCAGCCUGCAUUUUCUGCAGUAGAUGAUGAAGACACAACACAGCACAGUACAACAGUAAUAAUGAAGAGAAGGCCAAUGAAGAAAUCUUGUGGUGCAUGUGAAUUGUGAUGCUGGUCUGGUCAGGUCAGGUCACAAAAGUCAAUGUAGAGGAAAGAGUAUACACUUUCUACUUCUACCCGGUUCAUGCAAAUCUUGUCUGUACAUGAAUUCCUCCAUUUGUUUAUUUCAUUUCUAUUUUGAAUUACCAAAAAAAAAGUAUAAUAUGACAGGAACGAAUUUUGGACGCUGCACUGUUAAAACUGUAUCACUGAUGAAGAAUAAAACUAAACCUUCAUCAGUAAACUAGUGUUACAGUU